GCAUGAUGUCACAAGUUUGGCAUUCCAAAUCCCCGCAAGUGGGAGAAGAAAUAUACCAUGGGUGUGAGAAGAAGGAAACAUCUAUUUAAAGAAAUGAUCUUCAGCCUUUAGGAGAUGAGUCAAGAUAACAUCCCAAAGAAAAAGAAGAGUAACGGGGCCAUGAAAGUUGUCAAAGAAAACAAUUACUUAGAUAAGAAGACCAUGAGGGAAGUGGAGAGACAGAACACGCGACAGAACGCCCAGAUGAGGCGUGCAGUGAACCCGAUUCACUCGCUAAGGCGUUGUUCGAUGUGGUGUUUUUCGUCGUAUAGACGCUGCCUUGGCCUGGGGGCUGUGGAGGGAGCAUUACUUCUUGGCCCCUUCCGCAGUCUGAGUGUUUAUUUAUAUGUGUGCCUGUUGUGGGAGCAGGGUCGGCAGGCCAUCAUAAUCAGGAGUAUAGUGCAGGAGUUUAUCACGCUGAAAAGUGACUCCCAGAAAAACCUCCGGCAAAGCCGAAAUUCACGGGUUUCUGUCCCGGAGGAUAGCAAAAACCGGAAUCCCAGGCAAACCAUCCCCCACGUGAACUCCAAAGGCUCUCUUUCGGACUCUGGGGAGCACAAGCCAUCUUCUCUUGCUCCACCUGAGAAGGCACCCAACCCUCCAGAAAAGCGUCCAAUAACAACCCCACCCCCCUCCCCAUCCAACACUCCACCUCCAACCUCAGAAAUGCUGAAGGCCCGAUUGUCCCAGGAAUGGAAGAACCCAAAACACUCAUCCUCUCAUAGCUCCAAGGAAUCAAGUGAAGAUAAUGAUGAUGACGUUGCCAACUGGACUCCCGGAAGACCCAGGCCACCCAAACCUAAGCAUGCUAUCACCAUUGCUGUCUCUUCCCGGGCACUCUUCAAUAUGGCGGAAGACAAUAAAAUCUUUGAGAAAGAAGGACUGGAGAAGUACAUGGAAUACCAGCUCACCCACGAGAAUGUCACUCUGAAACCCGGACCCGCAUUUGGCUUUGUCAAGGCCCUGCAGAACGUCAAUGCCAGACUGCGCAGCCUUUAUCCCAAGGAACAGGACUUGUUUGAUAUUGUGCUGAUGACUAAUAACCAUGCCCAAGUUGGGGUGAGGAUCAUAAACAGCAUCAAUCACCACGGCUUAUUAAUUGACCGCUUCUGCCUGACUGGCGGAGAAAGUCCUAUCGGCUAUCUAAAGACGUAUCUUACAAACUUAUAUCUUUCUGCAGAUUCUGAUAAGGUACAAGAAGCCAUAGAAGAAGGGAUUGCUGCAGCAACGAUGUACUUGGGGAACAAAGACUUGCCAUUCUUGGAUACACAACUCCGAGUAGCCUUUGAUGGGGACGCUAUCCUUUUUUCGGAUGAUUUUGAUCAAAAUAGUAAUAAGAAAGAAUCAGAAAAAAAUGUUCAUCACGAAUCAACAAAUAUUAGAAAGAACAAGUACCUUGUUCAGGGUCCUUUGAAACGAUUCCUAGAAGACUUAGGGCGCCUGCAAAAGAAGUUUUACGCCAAAGAUGAGCGGCUGCUCUGCCCCAUCAGGACCUACCUCAUCACAGCCAGGAGCGCGGCCAACUCGGGGGCCUGUGUGCUCAAGAGACUCCGGACCUGGGGCCUCGAGAUUGAUGAGGCGCUCUUCCUGGCGGGGGCCCCCAAGGGGCCUAUUUUGGUCAAAAUCCGUCCCCAUAUCUUCUUUGAUGAUGACAUGUUCCACAUAAAGGAAGUGCAGAAGUAUGGCACCUUAGUAGGCAAUGUACCCUUCCCCGGCCUCUGGAGAGGAAGCCAAAAUCAGGAAGUCGACCAUGAGGCAGGUGCCCAAGAGCCCGGACAGGACAGCGAAUGUCGGGCUGAGGCUGCCCGGGCCCAGAGGCUCCGGAGCGCCGCAAGCCUGCUGUCCCCAAGCUGCAGCAAAUGCUUCUUAGGAAACAGCUUCUGGCAGCCGAUGAGGCGGCCCACCGUGGAGUCCAACAGCCCGUCCCUGUCCCAGCGAUCGGCCAUCUCCUUCGCCAAGGAUUUCUUGGCCGGUGGCAUCGCCACUGCUAUCUCCAAGACUGCUGUGGCCCCGAUCGAAAGAGUCAAGCUCUUAUUACAGGUGCAGCAUAACACAUGCGCAGGCGCUGUCGGAGCCCCAGCUAUGGUGGCGCUGUGCUCGGCUCUGCUGGCGGCGGCCCUGGGCGGGGGAUUGUGGUUGACGGCACGCCGCUACUUGAUGCCUGCGGGGCAGAUCACGGCCGGCCUCAUGCGCGGCAAGACGGUCAUCGUGACGGGCGCCAACAGCGGCCUAGGCCGGGCCACAGCGGCCGAGCUGCUGCGCCGGGGGGCCCGCGUCAUCCUCGCCUGCCGCGACCGCGGGCGCGCCGAGGAAGCCGCUUCUGAGCUCCGCCGGGAACAGGAGCUGGAGCGGGCCCGGGCCCAAGCACCGCCCGCGGCCGAGGACGGCCCCGCCGGAGAGCUCAUAGUCAAGGAACUGGACCUGGCGUCGCUGCGCUCCGUGCGCACCUUCUGUCAAGAGGUGCUCCAGGAGGAGCCCCGGGUAGAUGUCUUGAUCAAUAACGCAGGGGUCUUCCAGUGCCCCUACACGAAGACCGAAGACGGCUUUGAGAUGCAGUUUGGGGUGAAUCACCUGGGCCACUUCUUGCUCACCAACCUGCUUCUCGACCGCCUUAAAGACUCGGCCCCCAGCAGGAUCGUGGUGGUUUCUUCCAAGCUUUACAAAUACGGGGAAAUCAACUUUGAAGAUUUGAAUAGUGAGGUAAAAUAUAAUAAAAGUUUCUGUUAUAGUCAGAGCAAGCUGGCCAAUAUUCUCUUUGCCAGAGAACUAGCCCGCCGCCUGGAAGGCACGAAUGUUACCGUCAACGUGCUUCACCCUGGUAUUGUCCGGACCAAUCUGGGGAGGCACAUCAACAUCCCCCUGCUGGCCAAGCCUCUCUUCAAUCUGGUGUCAUGGGCUUUUUUCAAAACGCCCGUGGAAGGAGCCCAAACCUCAGUCUACCUGGCCUCCUCAGCAGAAGUGGAGGGGGUGUCGGGAAAGUACUUUGGGGACUGCAAAGAGGAGGAGCUCCUGCCCAAAGCCAUGGAUGACUCUGUGGCAAGAAAGCUCUGGGAUAUCAGUGAAGUGAUGGUGGGCCUGUUAAAGUAGCUCUCAGGAGUGUGGGGAGGAGAGUUGGUUUUGGCAGGCCCUUUCCCAGGGAUGGGCCUUGGGACUGGGGCACUUAGGCACUAAAUAUGUUGUGUGGUUUCUCUUAAUCAUUGCGACCUUGAAAGGCUCCAACACUAAUGGACAUGGCCACGUCCUUGAGGCUACAGAAAACCCCUAGUCUUAAUGCUCUCAGACGAGCAGCUGUUUGUUAAGCUAAAAAACCAAGUGUUUACUUGAAUUCAGAACCGGGCAGUGAUGUCACUGCCAGGAGUCCCCCUGGCGUGGGAUUCAGAAUUGUUGGAAUAAACACUGUUGAUGAAGCUUGA